AUGUGUAUCAUGGAUAAUAUCGGACGUGCUUUGAUACUUUCUUUGUGUUUUUCGAGUGAUAUUUGGUUUUUAAAAUAUGAAUAUAGGGUAUGAUAAGUAACAAACAUUUAUUUCAGACAUUUACCAUUAGUGAUAACGUGGUUGUUGGCUCAAAAACUCGCUCGACUGCCUAAAAACGGGUAUUUUUUCGGAUGUUGUUUACGAAUCUCCACUAAAACAAUUCACAUCAACCUUUAAUCUGCCUCAUCUUUUCACACCACUUUUACAACAUCUCAAUCUACAUAUUUACACGAUUUUCCAUCAACUUUCUUUUUUAUUUGAUUCAAAAUUCAGUCUACAAAGCUGAAAAAUGGGCGUCGACGACGUCAAGUCGUCGACGUUGAACUCCCAUCAACCUCAAGCGGUUUCCACGACGAGUUCAGCUCAGAAUGUGCAGAAGAAGUUUGUUUAUCAGCUGAGAUUUCAGGAAGGAGAAGAGGAUCCGAGAUGGAUGUGCAUUAUGGCUCUGAACAUGAUUUGAUGUUAUCAUCGAGAUGGUUGAUGUCAAAACGACUGCUGUUGAUGUUUUUGGUGUUGUUACAUGGAAUAGGUGGUUCAGAAGGUAAGAUUGGAGUUUUGGCUUUAACUUAGGUAUGAAUUUGAGAAGGUUUUUCACUGUUUUAAGUGGUUGGUGCUUAAAGGUAUAUUAGCCACAACUGAUUUUCUUAAAAUUGGUCACGAAUUCCUUUUUUAUGGUAUUUCGGUCAAUAAUUAAGGGGAUUUAAAGAUUUUUGACAUGUGUAAACAAAACUGACAUUUUCUGUUGUUUUGGCCAUAUUUUUGUCCCAGUACACGGUCAUAAUUACCUGUUUUGCUGUAGCGGAAGUGCGAACGCUCUGCUGGAAAUCGGUUGUUAUAAUAGCGGGUUAUUGUUGUAAAUAUGUGUUUAAUUCCGGCUGCAGCUGCCCAAAUCGGUGUGUUUUGUGGUAAUCAAGACAUGCAAAAGAUUUGGAAGGGUUGUGUAGACAAAAAGUGUUAUGAUAAUGACUUUUUCUCAAUUUUUUUGUUAAAAAAUUGUCAAAGAUUAAAAAAAAGUGCAAUUUAGUUUAAAAAAUCAAGAAAAAAGUUUGGUCCAAAAAUCAUAAAAAUUUCAGAAGUGUGUACCUUUUUUGGCUAGUUUUUACAAAUUACAAUAAGUUUGUUACCUAAACUUUCAUGCAAAACCAUACAUUUUCUCCGCCAAAGCCGAGAAAAUUAAUUUAGGGCAUAACAAUACUCAGCACUUUUUUCGAUGGCCAUAAAAAGGGAUUACCGCUUAUGGCCGCAAUAUUUUUUCGUUGCGUGAGACAAAAAACUUGCAUAAAAGACAAAUGGUCAUUUUUUCGAAGGCUUAGGAAAUUGGGUUAAAAAUGAAAAUUUCAUUAAAAUUUUAUGAAAAAAAUAAAGAAAGUAAAAAAAUCAAGCUAUUUGAUCACCUACAACAAUAUUGGGAAAAAUCAAUGUAUGCGAAGAACUAUAUGAGACGGAUUUUUGUGAUUUAGAUAUCAAAGUUAUUCUUAUUUUAUGAUUACUUACACUAAAGCAUCAAUAACAAAUGUUUUUGAAAAGUUUAAAAGGAACGUACCCAAUCUGCCCCACUCAGAAUCAGCUCAAAAGUUAAGUUUUUUGUACCACUAAUAGUACCCAUAAAAAGCCCUAGCUCGCGCUUUUGAGUUUUCCGUCAAUUUGGCAAAUUUGGCAUUGUGUUUCAAGCUCUUUUUUUGGCUUUCCAGAGUCUGGAAUCCAGACAAGCUACGCUUACAAAUUUAAAAAUAAAGGUUUAUAUAAGGCUUUUCUACAAGUAUAUCAAAGAAAAAUGGUUAAAAGUCAAACAGUGACAAAAUGUAAGCUUGAAACACAAUGCCAAUUUGGCGGGACAUUGAAAACGUAAUUUUUGAUUUUAAUUUUCUCGAGAUUUACUGAAAACUAUGAAUUAGUACUUUGCUGAAGGUCUUAUAUUUAGAUGCUCUAUCUAUAAGGUUGUUGAAAUAAUUCUGUGUCCUAUUUCAAAGAAAAUGUUUAGGGUUAGUUGAACAAAUGAUAUAAAAAGUUUGAAGUCAAUCAGAGUGCGACGGGUCAGGAAGCUACCUUGUAAAUUUUGUAAAAUACGAAAAACGUUAGCGUGUGAAAAAAUAAAAUAAUUUCAAAAAUUUUUAAUUUUAGCUAGUCCCCGAGCCAAUUCGAAUAAACAGUUCAUAAGUCAGCUGGAUGAGGGUCAAUUCGAGAUUGUACAUCCGUUUCAAAUGCGCGAGAACAAAGAGCGAAUUGGGAUUGAUACUCACAACUAUUUCUUGAAUGCUUCAGCUCAUUUCAAGCAUAUUACCAUAGUCAUCAGGUCUACUGUAGUCUUUGGAGGGAAACAGAGGCUAAAACUGAAUUUACAGUUGGAUGAUCAUCUGUUUUACAAUGAAACACAGUUUAGAAAGGUAAGGAUUGGGAUCUAUAAUCACAUUUUACGUCUUACUUUUUUUAUAUUUUGUUAAGAGCUGAAAGUGUACUGUCAAAAAUGUACUGUAAUAUCCAAAAAAUUGAAAAAACAGCGCAUUUUUUGGGAAAAUUUGUGCUGUUUGAUGAUUUUAGGCUAAUUUAGGUAAUAAUUUUUGUCUUUUUUUUAGUUAACAGAAGAAGGAGAUGAUUUCAUGACUUAUCGAGUGGAGAACUGCUACUAUCAAGGCACGGUAAAUGGGGAUUCGAACACUUUUGUCUCUAUUUCUACUUGUAAUGGACUCAGGUAGGUCUGAAAUUUCAAUUUUGGUAAAAAUGUUACCUAAAUUCUUUGUAUUUUUGAAAUUUUUGCUUAUUCAUGUAUUUUUGUAAUUAAAAUUUAAUAAAAUUAUUAUUUGAAUCUAUUUAAGUCUAUUUUACGAGAUUUUUUUUAUUUUGCACCGUGCAGUUGGUAAUUGAGGAACUGCACCGUGCACCCGUUACGUCAUUGACUGCACGGUGCAAUGCUUUUUAUUCUUUGCACGGUGCAAUUUAUUUAAGGAUGACAAUAUUUAAAAAAAACAACAAUUUUGUAAAUUAUAAAAUGAACUUUCUCAAACGUUUUUCAACUAUUUUAUUACCUAAAAUCACUUUUCAGAGGAAUAAUCGCAUUUGAUAAUGGCACAGCUCUUGGCAUUUGGCCUCUGGACGGUGGAGAUCGGACACGUCGCCAUCCUCAUGUACUCUACAAAGUGAAAUGGACAAGAGACGCUUCAUGUGGAGCCACAACAGCACCAGUACAAUCAGCUGGAGGUCAAAUGGCAAGACGGUUUGUCAAACGAGAUAUCACAAGACAAACCAAACAUAUCGAGUUGGCUGUUAUUGGUGAUCAUCGCUUUGUAAAGGACUUGAAUUUGACUGAAGAUGAAGCUGUCGAGUUCAUGUUGGAGGCUGUUAACAUGGCUGAUGAGGUAGGGGUUGGGACUUUAGGAAGAAGCCGAUUUUGAGGGGGGGGUUUUUGGGGAAAUUCUGGUUUAAGAUCUCUAGGAAGGAUAAUAUUUUGGCUUGAAAUUGAAGUAGGGAGAGAAGCACGGGAUGGAGUUUGUAAAAAUUGUGUUUCGAGGGGUGUUUUCUAUUAAAAAAUCAGCAAAAAGUGAUUAAAAACAUUAAUAUUCAGAUCAAAAACUGAGUAAAACUCAAUUUUUCAGAUAUUAACCAGAGACCUGAAUAUCCGCCUUUCCGUAGUAUACUCAGAAGUUUGGCUAGACGCCCAGCGUAUUGACAUUCAUCCAGAUAUCAGUCGAACAUUGUCAGGCGCUUUGGAUUACGUGAAUGGCCACCUAUACCCAAUCGAAAAGGAUGUCAGUCUAGUGUUUACUGGUGGAUUCUUUGCCAAUAAUGAGAUGUUGACAGGCUCUUUCAACUCCAUAUGUACUGCCAGAGCUGUGGGGGUGGUUAAGGUAAGGGGCGGGGUGGUUGAAGUAUGGGAUGGGGAAGUUAAGGUAGGCGAUGGGGUGUUUAAGGAGAGGGAGUGAGAUUGAUAUUGACAUAUUUUUCAUUGGUAGUAUCUUGCUAAUAUCUGCUAGUACCUAAACAUUCAUCUGUAUCAUCUUUCAGGCCAUUGACGACUACUCGGUGGACAAAGCAGCUCAAUUCAUUGCUCACGUCAUUGCUCAUAUCCUUGGUGUAGAUCACGAUAGUCGAGAUUGUGUGUGUUCUAAUAACUUACCGUGUGUUAUGAACAGCCAGGUUGGGGCAAUGGAAGCCGGAUUCUCUUGGCAAUUCUCGAAAUGCUCAGUUGCUCAAAUGCACAAUUUGUUGCAGGUAAAGAUUAUGUUCAAAAUUAUCUUACUUAUGGCAUGGAUAAUAUAAUUUUGUUGAGGUUGAUUUAUAAAAAUUGAAUUUUAAUGGAUUUUAAGGAGAGAUAAGGACUUUCUGAUUAGUAUGAUUGUGUAGGUAAAAGCAUUGGAUAUGUUUUGGUUCAGAAAGCAUAUUUUUAUAUUGUGCAUCGAAGGAGUUAUGGCUAUUUUUUACCAAAAAACUUUAAAUUUUUGAAUAAAAGCCUUAAAAUAUGCAUUUUUAUACUGUUUUAAUGCUUUUUCAGCUGAUUUUAGAUACCAAUUUGUAAAUAUAAUCUAAAAAAUGUCAUUUCAGGCUUCACCGAACAUCCAAUGCCUUCUGAAUCGCCCCUUCCAAUCUUCAUCACUACAUCAAUGUGGUAAUGGCAAGGUAGAUGCGGGUGAAGAAUGUGACUGUGGACGACGAGAUGAAUGCACUGAUCCAUGUUGUGAUCCAAUUACGUGCACAUUAAGAGCACACGCCAAAUGUGCCGCUCAUCAGCCAUGUUGUGAUAGGUGAGAUAGGUUGAUAUUGACGGCACUUGUUAUAGAAUUGAUUUUUUGGGCCAAGUAGUUAUGAAUGAAAGUUUGAUUUUAUGACAAUUUUCUUUUUUUUACUUUAAAUUUUUUUGUUUUGCACCGUGCAAAGGAAUUAAAUAGGUUUUUUACUGCACGGUGCAAUAUUUUAAGUUUGGUUAACAGUGAGCGGAAUGGACUUCUUCACUAGUAUGAAUAUGUCUGAAAUUCAGUGUUUUUGAUACCAAAAUGAUUUUGAGCGUUGAAUUUCAAAAUUUUUUUUGAAAUUUUAGAAAACAUUCAAGUUGAAGUUGAUUGCACCGUGCAAUACAAAAUUUUUACCAAAUGCAUUGUGAAAACUUGUAUUUUAGAUACUUUGGGUAACAAAUAGGAAACUAUGAUUUUCUUUUUUGAUUUAGCUAAAAUUUAAAAUUUUUUUAAUUUAAAAAAUUUUUUUAAAUUUUAAAAAUUUAAAAAUUCAGGUGCGAACUCCGAAAGCCAGGCCACGUUUGUCGCAAGUCGCGCUCAGUCUGCGACGUCGCCGAAACUUGUGACGGCGAAUCAGGAGACUGUCCAGUAGACGGCUACCUCGUCGAUGGCAUAGCCUGCGGCCAUAACGGUCAAUGCUGGAAAGGCAACUGCUCUGACCCCGACCAACAAUGCCAGUCUUUAUGGGGCCGAGACGCCACAGCCGCCGAAGACUCGUGCUACUCAAACAACGAGAAAGGAGCCGAAUAUGGGAACUGUGGUAGGGAUAGGAAUGGCAACUUCAUCGCUUGUCAAAAUGAAAACCGAAAAUGUGGACUUUUACAGUGCAAAAACGGUCGAACUUCGCCGGUUUCGGCUAAUUUGACCAGUUUCAACUUUCAGUUUCUGAAGGAUGGAAAGCAAAUGCAGUGCAAGUAAGGUGGCUUUUCAGGUUUCAACGAAAUUUCGAGUAAAUCGAGAUAAAAAAUGAAGUUUUGAAUUUCCCGCCGAAUUGGCAUUGUGUUUCAAGCGUAUAGCUUUGUCAUUUUUUGAAGUUUAAGUAUUCUUCUUUGAUGUACUAGUAUAAAAGCUUUAAAUGAACCUAAAUUUUUUAAUUUGUGAGCGUAGCUUGUCUGGAAAGUUGAAAAAAGGGCUUGAAACACAAUGCCAAAUUUGCUAAAAUGGCGGGAAAUUCAAAUAUUUUUGUAAAAUUUGAGCCGAUUUUGUGUAAAGCAGGCUGGGUACUUUCCUUGUAAGAUAAAAAAUGUUUUUAUACAAUUUUUAAACUUUAUCCACUUUUCAGGUCGAUCACCAACAUUGGAGUAGGUCUAGUAGACGAUGGAACCUCAUGUGGUAACGGCCGCGUCUGUGUGGAAGGCACUUGUCUACCGUUAGCUCAGGUAUCACCUCCAGUCCAUUGUCCAAGCAACAAUUUGGCUCUACAAUGCUCGGCUCACGGCGAUUGUACCACAACUCAAACCUGCAUAUGUUAUGAUGGAUGGUCGGGUGCGGCGUGCGAUCAGAAAACGAAUACGACCAGAAAAAUCAUUUUUGGAAAUUCGCAUUAUGGACGAAGGGAGAAUGAAGGCUUUAACUUGGUGGUGCCUGGAAUUAGAGGUAGUAUACAUUUGGGAUGUUGAGGGUUAAAUGGUAUAUACCCCCCCCCCAGAAAAAAAUUUUCGAAAAAAUUUGAACGUGGUCUCCCCUGUGGAUUUUCGGAAAAAAAAUUUUGCAAAAAAUCGGCACAGGACCUGUGCCGAUUUUUUGGACCCCUGCUCCCAGACCAAAAGUCCCCGCCCGGCCCUGGUUGUAGGUAUAGGUGAGAUCGAGUUUUUGAACAUAACUUGUGUUUGGAUAAGUCAAAGUUAUCGUAUUGAUCUUAAAAUGAGUUUUAGAAGGUGAGAAUUGUGCUGAAAUGAAUUUUUUGCAUAAAUUGCGAUUUAUAUACAUAUUGAUGUAGGUACAGGCAGAUGAGGUCGAUGUUUUUGUGCAUAACUUUUGUUUGGAUAAACCGAUCUUGAUGGCCUUGGUUUUAAAACGAACUAGACAAUCUUGCUAAUCAAAUACAUUAUGCUUUUCUAUACGUUAAUACCUACUUCAGUAGCAAUUUUGAUUUUAGUAACAGUAAUAUUCAAAAAUUUAAUUUUUUAUGGAUUUUGAAGACGUUUUUGGUCAUAACUUUAUGCUACAUCAAUAUAAUUUCGAGUUUUUGAUUAUAAGGCAUACAAAUACCUUGUGUUUAAUAGAAAACCUUUGUUUUUUAAUUGUGAAAGGUAUUCAAUGAGUAAUGUCAUGUUUCAGUGACCAAGGCAUGGGAAGAAACAGUACUUUUGGUCGGAAUUUUGGCCAUUUUUGGACUUUUCUUGUUCUUACUACUGAUAUGCCUACUGUUUUGUUAUCGGUGAGUUAUUUUGCGCUUUACUGUGGUAAUUAUGACAUUUUUUUAAUUAAAAAAAAAUUUUGAUUUUUUAAAAUUUUUUGAAAUUUUAAUCAAAUUUUUAAAUCAAAAACACGUGUAAUGGAUUCAAUAUUGCAAAUUUAUACCCUUUUUUUUCAAAUUAAAGAACCAGUUUAUGCCAAUACCAAUGUCAUGUUUUAGUCGCCGCUCGAAAGACCCCUUCAAUCCACCAGUAUCAUCGACAAAAGUUGAUGAAUCCUUCCAAGACGACGGCAAUCGUGUCAUCAAAUUCGGCCCAACCCCAUCCUGGACAAAGGAAAAACGGUCGCGAAAGAAGCAGAAACACAUCUACGGCCAACUUCAUCGUAUCAACGAAGCCAACGAAGAGAAGGACAACAUGUCAUUGAGGUCUCGCGAGUCACAACCAAUGAAUCCAGCUUCGAAUCGAUCGCUAAAUGGAAGCUCAAUCAAUGCUCUGCUUAUCAAUGAGCCUUAUCAGCUUCAACGACAGCUUCACGAUGAUCAGAUGGACUUUGAAGUACCGAUGUACGAAGGUGGAUAUGGUGAGAACAAGAUCUAUGCCGAUGGCAUUGGAUCAGCCAUUGAUAGAGCUACGUCAUCACCGUUGUUGGGAACUGAGUAUGGAAGAAGGACUUUCCAUGACGGAUUAUUGAUGACUAGGGAUGGGUAUGGUAGUGGAUCAGGUAAGGAGUUGUUUAGCAGUCACGUAUUGGCCAACUAAGGGGUUGUUUAGCCUUGAAUUACUGCCGAAAAGUCAAUAUACUGUAAGACAUACCAUACUUUUUCAGGACUGCGAUCACCGGCUUCAAAUUACGAACCAGAUCUCCUAAACUCAGGCCCAAUCCCACUAUACGCAUCGAACUACAACAGACAUCGUGUAGCACCACCAGGCCGAAAUGGCAGUCCGUCAGGAUCGGCCUCAUCUCAGAACGGAUCGACCUCAGGACGCUACACUGGAGGCAUCGGAAGUGGCCAUCUCAAGUUGUCAUCAAUCCAGGCCAUCAUGAGGAAGGUGGAGAACGAAAAUAGUGGUGGAAGUGGUAGUGAUAGGGAAAUGAACGAUGAAUGUGGGUUUUCAAAAUUUUGGAAUUCGGAUUUUUAAAUUUUUUUUUUAAUUUUUUGAAAUUUCGAAAAAAAUGAAAUUUUUAAAAUUUUGAAAAUAGUUGAAGUCUUCUGUUUCCAUUCAAAAGCUACUGUUUAAGCUUAAUCGUGCCAUUUUCAGUAUUCACCCACAACCACCUGACCGACCAAGCUCUGCCAGACCCACCGCCAGCCUCCGCCGACUCAGGAAAUGCGGGUUCUCUCCGAGACUCGCCUUCAUUAUUCUCCGAUACCUUCAAACUCGACGUCAAUAGCUAG